AUUCGUUUUCUGUAAAAAUAAAAUUGGGUUGUGGUUGUAUUGACUUUAGUUUGUUGUUAUGAGUAGUAAAUUUGGUGCAAUUUAUUAGUUAUUGUAUGUUAAAUAAAAUAUGUGAUUUUUUUGUUAAUCAUGAAAAGAAGCUCUAAAACCAAAGAAAUGUUUAUUGUUCGAGCACUAGAAAAGAUACUGAGCGAUAAAGAAAUUAAGCGGUCUUACCACUCCCAACUGAAAAGAGCCUGUGAGGUGGCAUUAGAUGAAAUUCGUACAGAACUGAAAGAGGACCAGAGCAGUAAUACCAACUCGUCGUCAGCACUACCACUACCAAAAGAUGAGAAUAGCGGCAGUAUUACUGCUGAGAAGUACUUCUUGCCUUUUGAGUUGGCUUGUCAAAGCAAGACCUCCCGGAUCGUGGUUACUGCCCUGGACUGUCUUCAGAAGCUGAUAGCGUAUGGUCAUCUGACUGGCAAUGUCCCUGACUCCAACACACCUGGCAAACUGCUGAUUGACAGAAUUGUGGAGACCAUCUGCAACUGUUUCUCCGGGCCACAGACAGACGAGGGAGUCCAGCUACAGAUCAUCAAGGCUCUAUUGACGGUAGUCACCAGUCAGCAUGUGGAGGUACACGAAGGCACUGUGUUGCUGGCAGUCCGGACUGUCUACAACAUCUACCUGGCCAGCAAGAACCUCAUCAACCAGACGACAGCUCGGGCAACUCUCACUCAGAUGCUCAACGUCAUUUUUGCUCGUAUGGAGAGUCAAGCUGCAGAGGAGAACAGUCGACUGAAGGAUACACCGGAGGUGGUGGAACCACUGGAGCUGCCUGUGGUCCCUCCGACACCUACACCUGGACCUGAUGUAAACUCUGUGCCCACACCAACUUCGAUGGACUCUUCUAGUCAACAGGUGGUCCAGAGUUUACUCAAUAGUGUCAUAGACGCUGUUGUCUCAGGCUGUGAAGAAAAUGCCAGAACGGCCUCAGAAAGUGGAGAUUCAUUCAACAAUGAAGCUAAUGGCAGUUCCUUGAAUAGAGUGCCUUCACAAGAAAGUGUGGACAUGAGCAACGAUGGAGAUAGCAAAGUGACGCCACAGUUCACGCACAUCCUGCAGAAGGACGCAUUCCUAGUGUUCCGAGCACUCUGCAAACUUUCUAUGAAGCCUCUGUCUGAAGGCCAGCCCGACCCUAAAUCACACGAGCUACGAUCCAAGAUUCUCUCACUCCACCUGUUACUGUCCAUUCUUCAGUCGGCUGGACCGGUGUUCCGGGCCAACUUCAUGUUUGUCACUGCCAUCAAGCAGUACCUCUGUGUGGCCCUCAGCAAGAAUGGUGUGUCUUCCGUGCCUGAAGUCUUUGAGCUCUCCCUAGCCAUCUUCCUGGCUCUUCUGUCACGUUUUAAGAUGCACCUCAAGAUGCAGAUCGAGGUUUUCUUCAAAGAGAUCUUCUUGAACAUUCUGGAAACAUCAAGUUCAUCAUUUGAGCACAAGUGGAUGGUGAUCCAAGCGCUGACAAGAAUCUGCGCUGAUGCGCAGAGUGUGGUGGACAUGUACGUCAACUAUGACUGUGAUCUGAAUGCUGCAAAUCUGUUUGAAAGGUUAGUAAACGACUUGUCCAAGAUAGCACAGGGUCGCCAGGCCCUGGAGCUAGGAGCCACACCUAACCAGGAGAAGUCCAUGAGGAUCAAAGGUCUGGAGUGUUUGGUCUCCAUACUCAAGUGUAUGGUGGAGUGGAGCCGCGACGUCUACGUCAACCCUAACUCGCAGACCAACUUGGGGGCCGAACGUAACGUGCGGGACAAUGAAGUGACGGAACUGGUACCACCCUCCACACCACGAGACAGCCUGCAGUCGUACGGCAGCGCCACGUCACUCAACUCUGGUAGCAGUGGCAACAAGGAGGCUCCUGACACACCUCACCAGUUGCAGGUUCUCAAACAUCAGAAAGAAGUCUGGGAGACUGGUAUUGACAUGUUCAACCGGAAACCAAAGAGAGGCAUCAGUUUCCUACAGGAACAGGGACUGUUAGGAGCCUCUGCCAGUGAGGUAGCCGAGUGGCUGCAUAUUGACGAUCGCCUCGACAAGACAGGCAUCGGAGACUUCUUGGGUGAAAAUGAGGAUUUCAGCAAAGAGGUCAUGUAUGCGUACGUGGACCAGAUGGAUUUUGCAGGAAAGGACAUCGUAAUGGCACUGAGAUAUUUCCUGGAAGGGUUUAGACUUCCUGGUGAGGCUCAGAAGAUUGACAGGCUAAUGGAGAAAUUUGCAAGCAGAUACUGUGAAUGUAAUCCAAACAAUGGCCUUUUUGCGAGUGCAGACACAGCAUACGUGCUGGCAUAUUCGGUGAUCAUGCUGACCACAGACCUGCACUCACCACAAGUCAAAAAUAAGAUGACCAAAGAGCAAUACAUUCGACUGAACCGUGGGAUCUCUGAUAAUCAAGACCUACCUGAAGAGUAUCUGUCACAGAUAUACGAUGAGAUUGCCGGCCACGAGAUCAAGAUGAAAUCUACAAGUAAACCAGGCAAACAAGUGAUAUCCAGUGAGAAGAAGCGACGGCUGUUAUGGAACAUGGAAAUGGAGCUGAUUUCCACCGCCGCUAAGAAUCUUAUGGAAUCUGUCAGCCAUGUUCAGGCACCUUUCACAUCAGCCAAACAUCUGGAACAUGUGAGACCUAUGUUCCGCCUGGCCUGGACCCCCUUCCUGGCAGCCUUCAGUGUGGGUCUGCAGGAUUGUGAUGAUCCUGAGAUUGCUACUCUCUGUCUGGACGGGAUCCGAUGUGCCAUCCGGAUAGCCUGCAUCUUUCAUAUGACGCUGGAGAGGGACGCCUAUGUACAAGCCCUGGCCAGGUUCACACUGCUCACAGCAAACUCUCCAAUAACUGAAAUGAAAGCGAAAAAUAUAGACACUAUCAAGACUCUGAUUACUGUCGCACAUACAGAUGGAAACUAUUUAGGCAGCUCAUGGCUGGACAUAAUCAAGUGUAUCUCACACCUCGAGACUGCUCAGAUGGUUGGGACAGGAGUGAGGCCUCAGUUCCUCUCCGUCACCAAGAGUUAUCCAUCUUCUGACACACUGUCCCUGUCCUCUCUCAAGCUCAACAUGACUUCACUUGAUCCAAGCGUAAAAGAAUCUAUUGGGGAGACAAGUUCUCAGAGUGUUGUUGUCGCCGUUGACAGAAUCUUUACUGGUUCGAUCCGACUGGAUGGAGACGCCAUUGUGGACUUUGUGCGGGCUCUUUGUCAGGUGUCAAUGGAUGAGUUGGCACAUGCAACACAGCCUCGAAUGUUCAGCCUGCAGAAGAUUGUUGAGAUCUCGUACUACAACAUGGGCCGUAUCCGUUUGCAAUGGUCCCGCAUUUGGCAGGUCCUGGGUGAACAUUUCAACAAGGUGGGCUGCAAUCCAAAUGAAGACAUUGCAAUAUUUGCUCUAGACUCAUUGCGGCAACUUUCUAUGAAGUUCAUUGAGAAAGGAGAGUUUGCAAACUUCAAAUUUCAAAAAGACUUCCUCAGGCCUUUUGAACACAUCAUGAAAAAGAACAGAUCUCGAACGAUUAGAGACAUGGUGGUGCGGUGCAUUGCCCAGAUGGUCAAUUCUCAGGCCAAAAACAUCCGGUCUGGCUGGAAGAAUAUAUUCAGUGUAUUCCAUCUGGCGGCUUCAGAUCAUGAAGAAGCUAUUGUCGAAAUGGCUUUCCAGACCACUGGCCAUAUAGUUAACAACUUGUACAGUCUCCAUUUUGCCAUUAUGGUGGACUCAUUCCAAGAUGCAGUAAAGUGUUUGUCAGAGUUCGCUUGCAAUGCUAGUUUCCCCGAUACCAGCAUGGAAGCAAUAAGACUUAUCCGGACUUGUGCUGACUACGUACAUCAAAAACCACAGCUGUACAGCGAGUAUUGUCUGGAGGACGGCAGUGUGAGUGAGGAGGAUCGUGCCUGGGUCCGGGGAUGGUUCCCGCUACUCUUCGAACUCUCCUGUAUUGUGAGUCGUUGCAAGCUGGACGUGCGUACUCGUGCGCUCACUGUUCUCUUUGAGAUUGUCAAGACACAUGGAGAUGCAUUCCGGCCCCACUGGUGGAAAGAUCUUUUCCAGGUUUUGUUCCGGAUCUUUGACAACAUGAAGCUGCCAGAACAUCAUACCGAGAAUCAACUGCCAAGCUUGUCUCAUUUGGAGGAGUUCUUGAGCAGUAAUUUAGAGAGCAAAGCAGAAUGGAUGACGACUACGUGCAACCAUGCUCUGUACGCUAUUGUUGAUGUUUUUACGCAAUACUUUGAUGUGCUGGGACCCCUACUGCUGUCUGAUCUCUAUGUUCAACUGCAUUGGUGUGUCCAACAAGCCAAUGAACAGUUGGCAAGGUCGGGCACCAACUGCUUGGAGAACUUGGUGAUCAGCAACGGCCUGAAGUUUGGUGAGGACACCUGGGCCAAGACUUGUCAGUGUGUGUUAGACAUGUUCAAGUGUACUAUACCGACAGACUUGCUCACAUGGACUCACACACCUGAGGUGGAAAAUGUUAGGCCUGGAAUACUCAAGAGAUCCAAUAGCACUUUCAGUGUCCACAGCAACAACAGUAUCACAUCUGAUGAUAUUGCUCUGUCUAAGAUGGGGAGCAUGUUCACCGCUCUGCUGAUCAAGUGUGUGGUACAACUGGAGCUUAUACAGACAGUGGACAACAUCAUCUUUUACCCCGCAACCUCACGGAAAGAGGAUCAGGAGAAUCUGGCAUUGGCUCAGGCUGAUGUGCUGGAUUGGGAGGAUGCCUCGCUCUCUGAGCAGCAGAAGGAAGAGCAAGGCAUGUACGGCAGUCUCAGCUCCUCUCACCUGUUACAGCUGACUGAGUGUCUCAUGCAGAGCCACCGUUUCGCCAAGGAGUUUAACUCCAACCAUGAACAGCGCAAUCUGCUGUGGAAAGCUGGGUUCAAGGGCAGUGCUAAGCCGAACCUGUUACAACAGGAGACACAGAGUCUGGCAUGUGUGUUGCGAGUGUUGUUCAAGAUGGCAGGGGAUGAGAACAGACGCAAUGCUUGGGCUGCAGUCCAGGGUCGACUGAUAGCUGUCUGCAAGGAGGCUCUCGAGUAUUUCCUGAGUCUUCAGUCCGAGGCGCACAGAGAAGCCUGGACAUGUAUUCUCCUGUUGAUUCUCACCAGGAUACUGAAGAUGUCUGACGACAGAUUUGGUGCACACGCCUCCAGCUACUACUCUCUACUCUGUGAGCUCAUGUGUUUCGACUUGAAGCCUGAGCUGCGUUCUGUGUUGCGCAGAUUCUUUCUUCGUAUUGGUCCUGUGUUCAACAUCACCUGAGAACGCGCCGCCGCACGUGUACGUGCGCACAGGCCUCGUCCUAAGAGUGUCUCGUUUCAUUCUAGUUCCUGAGACCCAUCCAACCCAGACUAGUCAUGUAGUUUGUACCUUAAUGUUCGUGUCUAUUAGAAGAUUUAUUUUUGUAGUUCGGCCAAAUAGAUUUCGAGGAUCCAGACAUGCAACACACGUUUUAAUAUAUUCUAAUAAGAGAAAACUAUCGAUGUUGUCAUUUUAUAAAUAGUGCAAUAUCACCAUAAUGUAAUUGAAAUUAAUCAGAGUACAUAGUUUCACCGCCUUCUAGAAUCAUUGUAUUGUUACCAACCCCCUUCCUCCCUCUCGUAAUAACUUUGUCGAAAUGUAUUCAAAUGGUUUGAAAAUUUUAUAAUUUUGACUAAAUAAAAGUUGCAAGUUUUUCAAAGAUAAUUUUAUCUAGUAUAAAAAAGGAGAACAAACUGCAUUUUUCUGUUUAUUAUAUAUGCCAAGAAAGAUAUAUGUUUAUGAUAUAUUGUAAGAAAUUGGUUAUACGUAAAUAUUUUAAAAGAACGUUUCAUUGAUGAUUUAAAUUUAAUAACUAUUGGAUGGUGACAAGUUUUACAAUUUAUAGUGUUUAUUAUAGACUGGAAGAGACAAGACUUAGUGAUUCCUUGGUAGAAUAAUUAAUUACGUUCCAUUAGACGCCUAGGUUGGUAGCAUUCACGCUUUUGUAAUUAGGUUGGCAAUGUCGACUGCUUCAAUUGUACUUAAGUUAGAUUUUAUAAAUACAUAUUACAAUCAUCAAGCGAUUGUCAAUUACUGUAAGACAUGUUAGUUAAGGUUUAAAAGGUUAUUAUUUUAUCCUAGAUAGUAUCAACCUCAAAAUGUAAGUUAUUUUAUUGCAUUAAAUUUUAUCUUGUAUUAUUAUUAUUAGUUUUCUUUUCUUUCACUAAUAGUUCUUGUAUUAUUAUUUUACUAAUACUCUUAUUCCUUUCUGUCUUUUUCAAUCAAUAAAGGUUGUUGUUAUAUUUAUGGUUUUGAAGAAUAUACUAUAAAACUAUUUCAUUUCUAAUUAUAGUUAAUAUAAUGUUUUCUAAUGUUUGUUGAUUUACUGUAUAUAAGGUGUUUGGCCAUAUAAAAGGCAUUAAAUAAAAGUUUUAUUUAAACUGCAUAAAAUUCGUCCAAUUGAGUUUUCUUGUUAUAGCAUUUAGUAAUUUAUUUAAGUUAUCUGUGAUGUUAUUAUAAAAUUUAUUAUUCUCAUGAUGGAUUCAAGAAAAUAGUGACCAAGGUAAAACUUCCAGGUCUAUUACAAAUAAAUCAUGUAUGUAAUAGCUUUCCCACAUCAGCAUGGUAUAUAACUAAUUUUUUCAAUGUGAUAUAAUCAUAAUAAUUGGGAUAAAGAUUAAUAAAUUAUUUGUGUUUAUUAUUAUUUUUUUUUUUUUUUUUUUUGCAGAAUAGCUUUUAUGCAAGUGACAUGCUUUUACUACAGUUCUUAAAAAGAUAAUAUUCUAACAUUGUAGUCAAGACUAUUAAAACAUCUCAUCAAGAGAAAUAUUUCUUUUAGUGUAAAGAUCAGGUUUUCUAUUGCUUUUCCCUAAUCUGUUUAACCCUAUGCACUAAAAGACACUUUUUAUAAUUUGUCCUUGGAGUUUGUAUGGCCAACUCUACUGGCCACCGGCAUUUUGUUGGAAGCACAGAUUAAUGUUUGUCAUUAUGUUAUCUCAGUUUGUAUGUCCAGCUGUGCUGACAUAUUACGUCCAUAGCUCGUAAGGCCAGCACCGCUGACCACUAAACAACAGUUAUUUUUUAAUAUUCUCUUUGUUUUAUAAUGAAUGGUGAGUGCUGGAACCUAUCGAGCAGCUUUACUUUAAGGUAGUUUUUAAGUAAAGCUAAUUCUUGACCACAAAAAAAAGUAAAGACAGAAAAUUGUAACUAAUAAAUAGUCUGAGUAUAACAUAACUGUAAAAGCCUACUUUACAACAUUUUAUUUACAUAUAUUUGUUAAGAAUAUACGUAUGAGAGUUAAAUUUCCCUAAUGUAUUAGCUUUAUAUUAGAAAUUCAUUAAAAAUAAAUUUAAAAUUAUUUUUCACGUUUUCUUUAAACAUUUUAAAUUACUAUGCUAAUAACGCAAAGGAAAUUGAAAAAUAAUCCCGAUCUAGGGAGGCAAACAACAAAUAUGGCCGCCAGGCUGUCAAUGAAAGUAGCUUGGCCAUAUGAGUUACGAGGACAAACUACAGCUGCCAGUGCUGCUGACCUUUCGAGCACAAAGGGUUAAUCUAACCAUAAGCACAUUUUAAUGACUAAAUUUGUCCUAAAUAUGAAUUAUCAUAUUAAUUUUAAAAAAUGUAAUAAAAAGCCUUUAUAUACCAAUUUUAAGUUUUACUUUUGGCUGUUGUAUGUUACAUACAUACUUACUUGUGUUAAUAUUAUUAUAAUACAAUAAUUGAGGAUAUGUAUAAAACAUUUUUUGGAUUAAUAAUGUAACAGACUAUAGUAAUUAAUUUGUUGUUGUUAAAAUAUGUACUACAUAAUAAUAGUAUUUUAAUUCCCUCUGAAAUAAUAAACUAUAUUUCCUUUCAUGAAUAAUAUUUAUCCUUUUUGUAUUAUAUUUGUUCUUUAAUUGUUGUUUAAAUUUCAUAUUACAUAAUUAAAUUAUCAUAAGAUCAUUAUGUUUUAUAUCGAUAUUGUUAUAACUAGAACAGCUUUAAUCAUCGGUUGUUAUAUAUUUAUUCAUUGUUUAUAAUGAAUUUAUUGUUAUUAUUUUGAAGUAGUAAUGCGUUAAUUUCUUGUUUUGUACAUAGCACUGUAUAUACAACAAGAAGUGCCAUUACGUUUCUACUGUCACUCUAUGUAUUAUAUUAUGACACCAAAAGUAUUGUGAAUUAAUAAAUAAAUUGUUUAUUAGUAUUUAAA